CAGGGGAGAUCUUGACUCCAGCAGAGGAUCACUGUGAGGGUAAGGCAUUAGGCACACAGAGCACAUGCUGAACCAGCAGAGACUGGAGCCCAAGCUCUGCUCAGGGGUGCACAGAGCCAGGGUAAGAGAUGGCAGGCACAAACUGCAACAGAGGAAAUUCCGUCUGGAUAUAAGGAAAAAUGAGUAUGGUUAGCACAGCAACUGGGCCCCAGAGAGAUGGAGAUCUUAUCCUUGGAGAUUUCAGGACUGGACAAGACCUUGAGCAGCCUGGUCUAGCUUUGAACAAGAGCUGAAUGAGGUGGCCUCCACUUCCAACCUGAUUUUUUUCCUUCAUGUCUGUCUACUCCAAACACCUGGAGUUUUCCUAAUGCAGUGUCUGACCUAGGACCCACCUAAAAGCCUCCUCACCAAAACCCUCAAUGAAUUCCCUUCCUUGGACUUGCCCAAACCAGACUGGUCUAUGCAGGAUGUGUCCCCCAUGUCCACCUUCUGCUCCUUGUGCUUAGUGAACUCACCUGGGGAGAAACUAUGUUCUUGGUCUGUGUUGCAUUUCCCAACAGGGCAGGAUCCUGCUCCACCACAGGGUGUAACAGGGGCUACAGAAACACAGGAAGGGUUUAACCUCUGUGGAAACCCUGCCUGACUCUUCACCUUCUCCCUGGCUGCUCAUCUGUUGCUUUUGAGGUGGUGAGGUCCAAGGGCAGCUUCUUCUCAUCUUCUCUUGAUGGAGCCGCAUUAAACUCUGGCGCAUCCCAGCUGGGCCCCAGCGUUGCAGGGAGGACAACAAAGGGGAUUUUCUGCCAUCAUUUGUUCCAAAUUACAGUGAUUUCAUGGAGCUCUUUGGCCACUUUCCACUGCAAGGCUCCAGCUCCCAAACCCCACGCAACCAGGAGGUGGGGCCUGGUGGUGGUAGUGGCUGGGGCACUCAGUGCAUCACUCUCAGAGGACCAGGGUGAAGGGACGGUGCAGCCAGCACCCUCUGCUCCUGCUCUGCUGGAGACGGGCUGCCCCUCGGUGGGUGAGUCACGAUGACAGCCAAGAAGAACCAGACUCUGCAGAAUGGAAGUGCCAAGGAGAACGUGCUGCAGAGGGUGCUGCAGCUGCCGGUGGUGAGCUCAACCUGCGAAAGCCUGCAGCGGACCUACACCACCACCAAGGAGGCCCAUCCGCUCAUGGCCUCCGUGUGCGAGGUCUAUGAGCGGGGCGUGCAGGGUGCCAGCGCCUUGGCCAUGUGGAGCGUGGAGCCGGUGGUGCGCAGGCUGGAGCCCCAGUUUGCUGUGGCAAACAACCUGGCGUGCCGGGGCUUGGACCACCUGGAGGAGAAGAUCCCUGCCCUCCACUACCCCGUUGACAAGCUCGCAUCUGAACUGAAGGGCACCAUCUCCACCCCUCUCCAAAGCGCCAAAAGCACCAUUGGCAACUCCAUGGAUAAGAUCAUGGAGCUGGCAGCAGAGGGCUAUGAGGCCACCAAGAGCACGGUGGAGACAACAGCCAAGUACACGAGGAGGAACUCUGUGAGCCAGAUGGCAGCCGCCGGGGUCGACACGGCCCUGGGAGGGCUGGAGAAGCUGAUGGAGUACCUGCUGCCGGAGGAGGAUGAAGAACCAGGUAAUCAGAAGCCCAAAGAUCCACGUGGGUCAGCAGCAAAGGUGUCCCAGCAGCAGCCCAGCGCUCCCAGCACCCUGGGCAGAAUUGGCACCUUGGUUAGCACUGCCUCCCACCGUGCUUACCAGCAAACCACCCAUGGCCUCCAGCGUGCCAAAGCCAAAGGGCAGGAGCUGGCCACGUGGAUCCCCAUCGUGGGCAGCCUGGCCAAGCCAAGUGUACCUGAGGCACCACAGGCCCAUGGUGAUGGGCGCAGCACCACAACCAACCGGCUGAGCCAGCGGCAAAGCAAGGUGCCAGAGCAGAAGCAGGAGAAGGCAGGGAAGAAAGACAACCACCACAGCAAGGAGGCAGGGGAUGAGCCCGGGCUGGUGGGCAGCGUGGCUCACAACCUGCAAUCCGCCUGCGCCUCUGGCAUCUCCAGCGUGAAGAAGGUCCCGGCGGUGGCCUGGGAUGCAGCAGAGGGGUUGAUCCUCUUCACCCCCCGCAGGCUGUCCAAGGCCAUGGAGACGGUGGAUGCUCUUGGGGGGACCCUUGUCAGUGCCCCCAAGCAUCUGCUGGGCACCCUGUACAGCUACGUCCCGCUCCGCAGGCAGUCAGCAAAGGAAGAGGAUGCAGCCGGGAGCAGCAAGCCCAGCGCAGAGAAGGAGCAGAAGGAGGAGGAGGAGGCCAAGCCUGCCACCCCCCCUGCUGAGGAGAAAGCCCAGCUGAGAGGGGACUGGCGGCUGUACCGCGGCCAUCACCCCCUCUCCUUCCUGGGGCUGGAGGACCCCCUGUUCCUGCGGCACAACCUCUACCGCAGCCCUGCCUUCGAGCCCGAGUGUCCCCUCCCGCGGAAAUCCGCCUUCUCCCCCUACAGCAGGCGCGUGAGCGAGGGCUCCUACCGCUUCAGCCCCGAGCCCAUGUACAGCCGGCCCUACUACACCGGCCUCUACAGUCCUGCCUUCAAGAAGGACUGAGCCAUGGGGAGGAUGAGCGCAUUCCAGCCCUGCGCUAAUCCACCCUCCUCCCCAGCACGCUUCGCGGGCCCCUGCCAGCCUCCUGCACACACCCCUGUAGUGGGAUGGGAGCUCGAAGUGGUAGAUGUGCCAUGGAGUGUACUGGGGCCAGGGUGGGGGAAUAACGGCAGCCAAAAGCCCUGUUGGUGGAAGGAGAAGGAAGGGGGAGGUGGGAUCAGAAAGCUGAAGGAGAUGCAAAAAGAGCAGUGAGACCAUAAAAAACGGACCAGUCGGGUCUGGCACUGCUCUGACCUGGUCCUGGUUAAGCAGAUGGUGUGGACUUAAGACAGUCUACAUGUUGAAACUGAAACAGAGCAAGAACAGCAAAGCCACCAAACAUCACCAUACAAACCUGGUUCCCAUCCCUCCUUCCUCCGUCCCCCUUUGCAGGGCUCAUCCCUUGGCCACAGAUUGCUCCUCCAUGAAGGUCCCCACUGACCAGGAAG